AUGACUAUGCAUCACAAAUUGUUGCACUACAGGGCAGCGAGCGAGACACAGAAGACAGAGACAGCAACAUUAUCGACAGGCGUCUCGCUCACACGUUCGCCGCGCAGUUAUCUCAAAAUACUGCCGGUGAAAAUAGUCGGACCGCGGGCCAGCAUCGACACUUUCGCCCUCCUCGACGAUGGAUCUACCGUCACCCUCAUAGUUGAGGAAAUAGCCACAAGAGUCGGCGCGGAGGGGCCGACAGAACCACUGAAAAUAGAAGCACUGGCCGGCGCAACGGUUCGAACAAAUAGUUCGAGACGCGUAACUCUAACGUUAUGCGGACCAGAAGAAGAGUAUGAGAUCUCCGCCAGGACAAUGAAGGGACUCAAACUCGCCAAACAGCAAAUAGAAGAAAGGGAUAUCCGACGAUGUCAACACCUGGCUGGCAUCAAGAAGAUACUGUGUUACCACGACGCCACACCAACGAUCCUCAUCGGCCAAGACAAUUGGGAACUGUUACUGGCCAUAGAAGUUCGCCGAGGAUCUUCGUCACAACCGGUCGCAUCGACAACUCCGCUCGGAGGGGUGCUGCAUGGAGCGUCCACUCGCAGUCUCGGCCAUCAAGUCCACCACGUAUAUCAUCUACGUGAGGGGGCCGAGGAUAGAAUAGAAGAGGAAUUAAGAAGAUAUUUCUCUAUAGAAUCGCUUGGCGUGCUGCCAAGGAAGACGCGCGCCGACCCUCAAGAACGAGCACUACAAAUAUUACAGAAGAAGACUCGCGCUCUGCCAGAUGGGGGAUAUAGUACAUCGCUACUGUGGAAAACAGAUAAAGUCGAGUUGCCGAACAACUACGAUGCGGCGCUCAACAGGCUGUACAGCACAGAGAAGAAAAUAGAUAGGAAUCCACAGCUGAAAGAAGAAUACGAGCGACAAAUAGCGCUCCUAAUAGAAAAAGGCUACGCAGAAGAAGCCGCCACCACCCCAUCAGACGCCCGCACCUGGUAUCUUCCGCACUUUCCCGUGCUUCAUCCAGCUAAGCCGGGGAAAGUUCGUCCAGUCUUCGAUGCAGCCGCUCGCGCCAGGGGGACGUCACUCAACGAUCAUCUGCUGACCGGUCCGGACUUACUUCAAUCGUUACCAGGGGUGUUAAUGCGAUUCAGACAACAUCCAAUAGCCGUCGCCGCAGAUAUAGAAGAAAUGUUUCUACGAAUAGAAAUCAACGAAGAAGAUAGAGAUGUCCUGCGGUUCCUGUGGCGACAACACCGGCGGGAGGGACCACCCCGCGAAUAUAGAAUGAAGGCAGUGAUCUUCGGCGCCGCCUGCUCACCGUGCAUCGCUUUGUACAUCAAGAACCACAACGCAGAACAACACAAGGAACAAUAUCCAAGAGCAGCCGACGCAAUUAUCCAUAACCACUAUAUGGAUGAUUACCUUCAAAGUUUCCAAACGGAGGAAGAAGCUAUGAAAAUCACCCAUGAAGUUGACACCGUACAUAGGAAAGCAAAAUUCCACUUAAGGAAGUGGACAUCGAACAGCCCGCAACUACAAGAAAAAUACAACAGCACAAGAAUAGAAGAUAGGACCGUCUCCAUAGAUAGAGCCGACAAAGAAGAGAAAAUAUUAGGCCUCACAUGGAGGCCCGCCACGGACACAUUGGGCUUCAACUUAAAUAUGGCCCGAAUUCCGCAAGAGAUAGUCAACGGAAGUCGCACACCGACGAAGAGAGAAGCCCUCCGGACGGUCAUGUCUCUCUUCGACCCACUAGGAUUAGCAUCACCCGUCACCGUGCAAGCGAAAGGCAUUUUACAAGAAACAUGGCGAAUCGGCAUCGGCUGGGACGAGAAAUUGCCUGAGAAGUUAGCCGAAGACUGGACGAAGUGGACACAGCACUUAAUCAAUUUACGCCAUAUCAACGUGCCACGAUGUCAUCCGGAGCUGAGCAGCGCGUCAUCCAGGGAACUGCACACAUUCGUAGACGCAAGCGAGAACGCCUACGCCGCCGCCGUGUAUUGGAGAGUGCAAGACAAGGACGGCAACAUUCACGUGACACUCGCCGUAGCUAAGGCGCGAGUUUCACCUCUGAAGAUAGUAUCUAUACCAAGACUCGAGUUGCAAGCCGCUGUCCUGGGUUGCCGGUUAGCACGUACGGCUACAGAAGAAUACCAGAUUAAACCGGACCGUCGAUACUUCUGGAGCGAUUCAAGAACAGUAUUAGCGUGGUUAAGGGCUGGUCCACGCACAUUCAAACCAUUCGUGGCGCAUAGAGUCGCGGAAAUAGAAGAAGAAACGAAAGCGAACGAAUGGAAAUGGGUACCUACGCGUCACAACGUGGCCGAUGACGCAACUCGAGGAGUGCCCACGGAUUUCGACACGGAACACCGAUGGUUCACCGGACCCCAGUUCCUAUACAAGCCGCAGGAAGAAUGGCCCGGGCAAGAUGAGCCUGGUGGCAUAACAACAGACACCGGAGAAGAACGCACGCACAUGGUAUACACAGGCGAUAGCAACACAACAGACAGCGGCGUACUCCCGGACAUCACACGCUUCACGUCAUGGCUGCGACUGCUACGAGCCACAGCACGCGUGUUGCAGUUCAUCGACCGGUUACGCGAAGCGGUCGAAAAUAGAAAAAACACCGCCUCACAAAACGCGGUACAUUAUAGGCGCACAGCGCGCAAUAUAGAGAAGGACCCGGCGUGGAAUAAGAAGACAGCUCGCAAAAUAGUACGGACAGCGCCGAGGUUCGACAAUACGCGCGGAACAAUUGUGGAUACGGGCGCGCAACAAGAAUCGUUCAAGAACGAAAUAGAAACACUCCGCGGUAAAGGGACAGUCGAUAACAAUAGCCGACUGAAACCACUAGCGGUGAUCGAAGAAGACGGUUAUAUCAAGUUGAAAUCAAGAAUAGCAGCAGUCGUCGAUGUUACAGACAGCAUGAAGAAACCGAUAGUCCUGGAUGGGAAUCAUCGAUACACCCAGUUAUACCUGGACUGGGUGCAUAGAACACAUCACCACGCCGGAGUCGAGUUGGUGAUGAACGAAGCUCGACAGCAUUAUUGGAUACUUCGAGCAAGACCGACAAUUCGCAGCAUCGUCAAGCGAUGUCAACUGUGCCGACUACGACGAGCAACAGCAUCGAUCCCGCCCACCGGCGACCAUCCGGUCAGCCGACUCGCCCAUCACCAGAGGCCGUUCACAUACACAGGCGUGGACUUCUUCGGGCCUCUUAGUGUCACCGUGGGGCGACAACACCACAAACGCUACGUCGCGUUGUUCACAUGCUUGACAACGCGAGCAGUACAUUUAGAGUUAACCACCUCAUUGUCCACAGACUCCGCAAUAUCCGCACUCAGGCGGAUGAUGGCCCGACGAGGGAAGCCAACCGAGAUCUGGUCCGACAAUGGGACCAACUUCCACGGCGCAGACGCAGAGCUACGUCGCGCCGCCAUAGAAGCAAGUCGCGAAGACGCGGCUAAUCAUCGUAUACGCUGGCGGUUCAUCAGCCCCAGCGCACCAUUCAUGGGCGGAGCGUGGGAACGUCUCGUCCGCUCCGUGAAAACAGCAUUAGCCGCCAUACUGCAUGAGCGGCACCCUUCGGAAGAAACAUUAGUUACACUGCUGUGUGAGGCGGAAUAUACCGAGAAUAGCCGUCCGCUCACACAUGUGUCAACUGAACCGGACGACGAGGAAGCCCUCACGCCUAACCACUUUCUACUGGGAGGAUCGGGCAAAGUGCAAACUCCGGGAAGUUUUGAAGACACCGAUAUCGAUAGCCGGAGUCACUGGAAGAGAGCGCAGCGGCUAGCAGACCACUUCUGGAGCCGAUGGCUCCGGGAGUACCUACCGGAACUUCAACACCGGCGGGAGCCCCGCGGCACGGGGCAACCUCUGCGCAUCGGGGACUUAGUCCUGAUCGUCGACUCCAAUCUCCCGCGCAACACAUGGCCGCGCGGGAGAGUAAUAGCAGUGUUUCCCGGCCCAGACGGCGUCAUCCGAGUGGCCGACAUCCAGACCAAGAAUGGCGUGCUGAGGAGGCCAACCAAACGACUCGUGGUCCUGCCAACGGGAGUUGCUGAUAGUGAAGAGCAGGCUCCGGAACCAGACAAGGCUCCUGCAGCGCCCUCAACGACCGCUGCAGCGGCGGGAGAAUAA